UUGAUCAAUAAACGACAUAAACUUCAAAAUCUUUAUCUGGAAAAACCAAAAAUUGACCAAAUAAUCUAUCUGCAGAGGUUUCUCUAAUUAUACCCAAAACUUUAGUUUUCUAUUAACCAGACGAUGUCUUCCUUCGGCCAAGCAGCAGUUAAUUUGCUGAGAAAGCUCCGGAAUUCUCCUUAUGCUCGCUCUACCUUUCCAUUUUCAAGAAAGCCCACGAAUUAUUUGCCGGUUCCAGGAAGGCGAAAAUAUUUUGCUGAAAAUGGUUUUGGAGAUUAUGGCAAGAGUGGGCAGCAUAAGGAAACCUUUCAAUGGAUUCUUCUGUCUGGUCAAGCUGCAAUAUUUCUUGGGAUCAAUGGAACCCCAGCCUUGGCAGAUGAUUCUUCAAUUCAGUUAAGUUCUGAAAAUACAAGCGGUCCCGAGAUAGCUGAUUUGCACCGAGUUGAGGACGGUUCUGUGGUGUCUAACAUACAUACUUCUAAAUGGAGAGUUUUUACAGAUAAUGCAAGGGACUUCUUUUUGCAGGGAAAACUGGAUGAAGCCGAAAAGUUGUUUCUUUCUGCAUUACAAGAAGCUAAAGAGGGGUUUGGCAAGAGAGACCCACAUGUUGCAUCGGCAUGCAACAACUUGGCAGAAUUAUAUAGAGUUAAGAAGGAACUUAAUAAAGCUGAACCUUUAUAUUUGGAAGCUAUCAGUAUACUUGAGGAGUCAUUUGGACCUGAUGACAUAAGAGUUGGGGCUGCCCUUCACAACCUUGGCCAAUUCUACCUAGUCCAGCGGAAAUUGGAAAAAGCUCGUGCUUGCUAUGAGCGUGCUCUAAAGAUAAAGAGGCGUGUUUUGGGAGAGGGCCACCCAGACCAUGCUGAUACAAUGUAUCAUCUUGGAACUGUAAUGUUUCUUGAAGGAAAAGAGAAGGAUGCUGAGGCUUUGGUUCGAGAUUCUGUUCGAAUACUUGAGGAAGCUGGGCUAGGGGAAUCAUUUACAUGUCUCAGGAGGCUGCAAUAUCUUGCUCAGAUCUACAUAAUGUCCAACCAAAUUGCAGAAGCUGAGAAUAUACGGAGAAAGAUCUUACACAUGAUGGAAGUAUCAAAGGGUUGGGCUUCCUUGGAUACUGUAAUUGCUGCAGAACGCCUUGCCCUGACUCUUCAAUCAGUUGUAAACUUAAAGGAAGCAGAAGAGCUCUUAGAAAGAUGUCUUGAUGCCAGAAAAACCUUACUUCCUGAAGACCAUAUUGAGACUGCUGCAAAUAUGCUCUACAUUGCUAGGGUGAAAACGCUCAAGUCUAACCAGCUAAGGAAGAAAAAUGUUCCUCAAGCAGUGGAAGAGCUGGAGAGGGCAAAAGGCCUUUUAAGUAAUUCAAUAAGGGUAGCUCGAAAAGUUCUGGUUCAAUUAAGAAAGCAGAAUAGAAACCAGCAGCCCCGUGGAGUGGUCCGAAACAUUGCCAAAAAUGAGCAUUCAGCAAUGUUAAUACUUUUGCAGUCACUUAAUGCACUUGCAUCAUUGGAGAUCACCAAGCUAGAACUGCAGGAGUCUAUGGACGAAGAUCGUCCUGUCUUUGAGGCUGAGAAAAUUCUUCACGAAUGCAUGUCUACUUUUAAGGAGUUUGGCACCGAGACGUCCUUGUCUAGUUCUCCUGAGGUAAAAACCGAGUACCUCUCGUGCUUGAAGCAUCUACUCGCUUUGAUAAAUGAUAACUCAACAGCAAGCGUUAAGCAAUCCAGAAAGGCUGCUUUGGAAGAGUUGAAAGACGAAAUCAAGCAUGUAGAAGUUGAAAUUUCAGCCACCAGAAAACGUAGAAGUUAAAUUUGUUUGUACAUGAUGUAAGUUCAGUCACUGGCAUCUGCAGAUUCAAAGAAUGUUCCAGCAGAGUUUAACAUGCAGUUGAAGUCCUCAGAAUUGUGCUAGCUGUUCAGCUAAAAAGAACGCACAACGUGCGUAUAGUUCUCUUUGUUGGAUUUCCGCAGUUUUGCUUUUGUAGCUCAAUUGCAAUUGGUAGUUUUGAUUCCUAUUCUUUUGAAGGUUUACAGGGUUUGCUUCGAUAGGUAUUCUGUACAGAUAUUUUUACUCAGAAUGUGAAGUACAUGGUGACUGAAAUUCCAGAGCUCUCCAGCUUAUGCUCAUUUUAACA